AUGUGUAGAGAGCGGCUGAUUAGGCGCAGGCUGCGAGCACUUGGCGUGAUACCUCCGCAAGACCUGAGCGCGCACUUCCAGGCGCUGGUACUCAAGCUGGAAGAGGAGCACAUACGUCAUUAUGCGAUAUCGGAGCGCCGGGCACUAAAGGAGGCAGACUCCAAGGCAUUCGUGACGGCCUUGCUUAAGUACUGCGAUGCCGUUGGCAUUGAAAUAGACGAUUCCUUGCUGAAGAAAGGUGAAUUAACCGAGGAAGGCGUGACUUCAGUGCUGGACGGACUUACGUUGGCAGCACUGGAAGAGGAGUAUACCGACCUAGUCUCAGAUGCACAAUUACACGUUCCAGCGACUCAAAGCAGCGGGGAUAGCGAUAACGGAUGCUUGCCAGCGCUGCUAGACAAGGUCAAUAAUCUCCUGGAGCUACUUGGCAUACCCGCACUGCAACAGGACGCCCCAGUAGAGGAGAUUCGUUCCGCCGUUUUGUUGCUUCUACGGCUGCAUGCCAACGCACGUCACGAUAGGAAUGAAAAGUCUACUAAAUUAAACACCGUCCACAUGAACCUUGCCGAUAUACCAUGUGGAAUUCGUUCCGACAGCCCCGUUGUUACCAAGGCUGCCAGGGUUCUGCGCACGUUGCACUGGUUUCAAAUAUUUGCAGCGCAAGAGUUGUGCAAACUGCAGGCAGACAUCAUCUGGCUAUCCGAGCGUUUCCAGGAGCUUACGGCAAAUCCAGUCGCGAAUUCCCACGCGCGGUGA